AUGGUGAAUGGUAUUGUUUUUUUAUCAGAGAAGAAAACCAUCUCCUUUGCUGGCUGCUUCCUGCAGAUGUACUUCUUUAUGGCCUUGGCCACAAUUGAAUGCAUCCUUUUUGGGUUAAUGGCCUGUAACCGCUAUGUGGCCAUAUGCAACCCUCUCCUCUACUCCUUGAUCAUGUCCAGGACGGUCUGCCUGAAAAUGGCCACAGGGGCUUUUACAGCCGGUCUGUUGAACUCCAUGGUAAACACAAGUUAUGUGAGCAGCUUACCAUUCUGCUGUUCCAGCACCAUCCAUCACUUCUUCUGUGACACUCCUCCAAUUUUUAAGCUCUCCUGUCCUGACACACGCCUGCAUGAAAGCAUCUUGUCCACAUUUGCUGGUGUGAAUAUGGUUGGGACUCUGCUGGUGACCCUCACCUCCUACUGCUACAUUCUCUUCUCCAUCUUCCGCGUGCACGCAGGGGCGGGGAGGCGCAAAGCGUUCUCCACAUGUGCGUCUCACCUGACAGCCGUCAUCCUCUUCUAUUCCACCUCCGCCUACACUUAUCUCAGACCUUCCUCAAGCUACUCCCUCACUCAGGACAAAGUGGCUUCCGUGUUCUACACUGUGGUGAUCCCCAUGUUGAAUCCUCUGAUCUACGGCCUCCGGAACAGUGAAGUGAAGAAGGCUUUAUGGAAUAUGAUUACUAGGAAAAUAGACCCUUCACUUCUGGGAUUGUUUGGUGAAUUUUCUGCAUUAAAUAGAGUACACUGA